AUGACCCUCUUGCAACAGCCUCAGGUCAAGCUUGAAAUCAAGUCGACACAGGAGGGCUCGAGCUUGACGGGCUGGCGGGGACACCCUAUGUCACACGCAUAUGCAAGCGCGGCAGACGGAGGCUUCCUGGAGGUCGACGUCGACAUUCUGGAAAUCAGAUUGCCCUGCUCCAAUGUCCCUAAUGCUCCAUUCGGACAGCAGAAUAGCCUGCUAAAGGAUCCACCAAGAUCAAUGUCCGGUUCCGGAUACAGUGCGGAUCGGCUCUGUCCAAGGAUUCCAAUUCUAGACUGGUCUUCCCUUUGUGUUGAACAGAGUGUGCACAAGCCCCACUGCGUGGUCACUUUGCGAAAAUUAUGUGCUCGAGGAGCAAAGGCUGAUGCCGUAGGGUCUGCCCUCGGAGAGCCUGUCGUCCGAUAG